GAUUCCUCUCUGUUGACAGUGCUGACACCAGCUGACACAGUAGCACUGAUCUGAUACAAGACUUGAUAAGACUGUGUAUAAGAAACGUGUCGCAUCAUUGUCUCAGGAUGUAAAAAGUAUUUAUCAACGAUACCAAUAUGCGAGUAAUUUGUAGAAAUUUAGAUAAUUUGUCGAAUGUAAUUGGCUCAAAAUGAAAACAUAAACGGAAAUCAAUCAUAUCGAUUUGGUGAAAUGAGACAUGAAUUCCGUCACGGAAAUGAUGAACGACGAUACACGUUAUGAUACAACGAGCUUUUAUGUCGGUUUAGGAUUAGCAAUUAGUUCCAGUUGUUUUAUAGGUGCCAGCUUUAUCAUAAAAAAGAAGGCUUUAAUUCAGCUUCAGAAGUGCGGUGGAUUGCGUGCGUCAUCUGGAGGUUUUGGCUAUUUAAAAGAAUGGACAUGGUGGGCUGGUCUUUUAUCCAUGGCUACAGGAGAAGCAGCAAAUUUUAUUGCGUAUACAAUUGCACCUGCGUCACUUAUAACACCAUUAGGUGCUUUAAGUAUUCUAGUGUCAGCAGUAUUAGCAUCCCGAUAUCUUAAUGAAAAACUAAAUUUAUUGGGAAAGAUAGGUUGCUUGCUAUGUAUCUUAGGUUCUACGAUAAUAGUGUUACAUUCCCCCAAAGAAGUGGAAGUCAACAGUUUCAAUGAACUGAUAGUCAAAAUACAAGACCCAGGUUAUAUGUUAUAUAUUUUGAUUGUAAUAAUGACUACUUUGUCUAUUAUCUUUCACUUUGGUCCAGCAUAUGGCAAGCAAAAUAUCUUAGUAUAUAUUUGGUUGUGCUCGUCCAUCGGGUCUUUGACUAUCAUGAGUUGUAAGGGUUUAGGUCUGGCAUUGAAGGAGACUAUCUCUGGUCAAGAAAACGCGUUCGCCAAUUGGCUAACGUGGGUUUUUAUAUUUAGUGCUAUUAUUUGCAUCAUGAUGCAGAUGAAUUAUCUGAAUAAAUCACUUGACUUGUUCAACAUAUCUAUUGUCACGCCAGUUUAUUACGUCUUUUUUACGACUCUGGUGAUAAUAGCAUCCGCAAUUCUAUUUAGAGAAUGGACGAAGAUGAGCACAGAAAAUAUUCUAGGCACUCUCUGUGGCUUUCUCGUAGUUGUAAUUGCAAUAUUCUUGUUAAAUGCUUUUAAAGAAAUGGAUAUACAUUACGGUAAUAUUAAGUAUAUGUUGAGGCCUAAGAGGGAAAUGCUCUCGAAUUCGAGAUGGGACGAUCAAGAGAGAGUGGUGACUAGAGUAGAGUCUCAGCACUUGCUUAAUCAUACAUAUGUUAAUUCAGAUCUUACUAGGACUGUUUAAAAGCUAUUUUCCUAGAAACGCAUGUAAUAUUUGCUACAUAUUUAGCUUUGUACAGCGCGAUCAAAAAAUUUAGAGGAAUUAAUUUAAUAAAUGUUGAAACAAAUUAAUCCUUUGAAUUAUUUUUAAAUUAAUUUGUUGCUUCCAUAUCUCUUACAGCUGAAUACCUGAAUAAAUACAUUUUAUGUAUUGGUUAAUAAAAAUAAUAAAAUUCUUCAACCGUGUCUCUCAUAAGUCUCUCAUAAGAAAAAUUAUAUUUUCAAUUAUGUCUAAUAAUAAAUAAAAACAGUUUGUAAAACAA